CAAGGACAAGGAAAACAUGAACAACCUCGCCACCCUCGUCGUCUUCUACAACCGGGACAAGGUCGCCGAGCCGGACGAGGCGCUCGACACCGAGACCUUCGCCGCGCGGUGCCAUUGCGGCAACGUCAACUUCACCGUCACGCUGCCGACCUCGUACCUGCCGCUGAACGCGUACAUCUGCUCGUGCACCAUCUGCCGGUACACGCACGGCACCUUCGGCAGCUACCACAUCUCGCUCCCGCAGGGCGUAGCGCCCGAGUGGACCAACGGCGCGCUGAACCUGGCCGUGUACAAGACGCCGGGCAGCGGCGCGGGCGGCCACGGCCAGCGCUUCUUCUGCCCGCGCUGCGGGGCGCACAACGGGCACUACGAGGCGUGGGCCGCGCAGUGGGUCGUCGAGCCCUCGCUCUUCGACGCGCCCGUCUUCUGGCACUUCCGCGGCAUCGGCUUCCCGCGCUCCGCCGGCGACGGCGGCGGCCUGCUCUCCUGGCUGCCCGAGGUCGGCGGCCGCAAGCUGACGCAGGCCAGCCUCGAGCACGACUACGAGCCCGACCACGAGCCCGAGGUCGGCCCGGACGGCGGCGACAGGCUGAGGGCCGAGUGCAAGUGCGGCGGCGUCUCGUUUGCGAUCCCGAGGCCCUCGGACAAGGUAAAGGGGGACGAGUACAUGGGCAGAUACGUGUCGCCGGUGAACCCGGGCAAGUGGAAGGCGUUUAUGGAUUUCUGCCGCGAUUGCAGGCUCGUCUCGAGUGCGCAUGGCGUGCCGUGGGUGCUGGUUCCGAGGGCGGUCCUGGAACCGGAGGUCCCCUCAGACUUACGCUUCGGGACAAUAAAGACAUAUAAAUCGUCAGAAGACGUCACGAGAGGAUUCUGCGGCGUAUGUGGUGCGACGAUAUUCCUCAAGUGCAAGGCUAGAAGCCCGACGGAAGAAACGGAAGUGCUCAAUAUUGCGGUGGGCAUCUUGAGGGCUCCGGAGGGCGCCAAGGCGGAGGAUUGGCUCACUUGGAGAGCGGGAAGGCCGGCGUGGGUGGAUGAUGCGAUGGAAUACGACCCCGAGUUUAUACAAGCUGUUGUAAAUGGCCACAGGGAGUGGGCGGUCGAGGAGUAUGGGGAGGCGCUAGAUUUCGAGGUUAUGUAGAGGACAUUUCUACUUGAGAAAGUAGAUUAUACCAUUUCCUCUACGAAACCGUGUAGCAUAUAGCUUAUCCAUGGAUGCUUGGUGUAUAUUAAUGUGAGAAGCCAUACACAAGUCUGUGUUGCCUAAGUAUAUCAAAUAGUCAUCGUAAGGUACCGUGCCUACAUCUGCGAAUGAUUUUGAUGUCUUGUGAAAGGUUGAAGCUGCAACAUUUGAAAGUUCCGGGGUCCUUUAUUCUAGGCCACCGGGGCAAGUGCCAUUGAGUUAUUUGCAGC